AUGUCUGAAGGAGGGAAAAUACUUACGCCAGGUGGCCUCCCCCUCCGAUUCGGAGUGAUAGUCUGCAGCCAGCGGACGCCACGCGCAGGCCUCCAAAUCAGCAACCUUGUCAUGGACACCCUGAGGAAAUACCAACAAGCACAACCAUCGUCACAAACCUCAUACUCGCUCACCAUGAUCGACCUCGCCGAGCAACGCCUACCACUAUUCGACGAACCAGGUAUCCCAUCUCAAAUCCACUCAUCUACGGACUACCAGCACGCGCACACGCGGGCGUGGUCAGAUCUCAUUUCGAGCUUCAACGCGUUCGUUUUUGUCACACCGCAAUAUAAUUGGGGAUACCCGGCAAGUGUCAAGAAUGCAAUCGAUUACUUAUUCAACGAGUGGAAGGGCAAGCCGGCGAUGGUAGUCAGCUACGGUGGACACGGGGGCGGCAAGGCGGCAACGCAACUCAAGCAGGUCCUGCAGGCCGUGGGGAUGAAGGUCGUCAGGGAGAAUGUCGAGUUGACGUUCCCAGAUCGCGGGUUCUUGAUUAAAGCCGCUACAGGCCAAGAUUUAAGGUUGAAUAUCACGCGUGAAGAAGAGGCUGAGGACGAUAGUGGCGAUGUUGGGCUAUGGGCAAAGGAGAAAGAGCAGAUGGGCAAGUCGUUUCAGAAUCUGCUUGACACGUUGAAUGAAUAA